GCUGGAGACAUACACUGGAGCUGAUCUCAAAGUCUUCUGCUGCUGAAAGAGGCUGUCUUCCUGUCAGAGAACUAACUGUCAUCUAGUUUGGAGCUUAGCUGUAGCUUGUGUAGAACAAACAACUUUACCGAGAAAUAGUAACAUUUCUACCACUGAUCUGGAGUCAGGCAUGUAUGCCAAGAGGUCUGAAGAACAGGGGCCACGCAGAGGAAGGUCUUUUGACUCUGUAAAUCAUGCUUAUGAGGAGAAGCAGCUCAACAAAGAAACCCAGGACAACAGGAGCAUCUCCGCUGGAAGGUCCACCAGCUCUGAGAAAGGCACUGUAACUAUCAUAUUCUCACUGAGAAAUGAAGUUGGUGGUCUAGUCAAGGCACUUAGGCUUUUCCAGGAAAAACAUGUCAACCUUGUUCAUAUUGAGUCCCGCAAGUCCAAACGAAGGAAUUCAGACUUUGAGAUCUUUGUGGAUUGUGACAGUGACCAUGAACAGCUCAAGGAGCUGACUCAGCUGCUAAGGAAGCAUGCUGAUAUUAUUGAGAUUACUCCAUUUGAAAACUCCACUCUGUCUGAUGAUGAUAUUGCUGGUGUGCCCUGGUUCCCUAAGAAGAUCUCUGAUUUGGAUCUGUGUGCAAACAGGGUUUUGAUGUAUGGCUCUGAAUUAGAUGCAGAUCAUCCGGGAUUUAAAGACAACACAUAUCGUAAAAGAAGAAAGUAUUUUGCUGAUUUGGCUAUGAGCUACAAGCUUGGUGAUCCUAUUGUUCGUAUAGACUUCACACCAGAGGAGGUGCGUACCUGGGGAGUGGUGUUCAGGGAGCUCAACAAGUUGUACCCCAGCCAUGCCUGCAAGGAGUAUCUGAAGAACCUCCCUCUGCUGACCAAAUACUGUAACUACAGUGAAGACAACAUUCCACAGCUGGAGGACGUUUCACACUUCCUCAAGGAACGUUCAGGCUUCAUCAUUCGGCCAGUAGCAGGGUACCUCUCCCCCAGAGAUUUUCUGGCAGGCCUGGCCUUCAGAGUAUUCCACUGCACUCAGUAUGUCCGCCACAGCUCCGAGCCUUUGUAUACACCUGAACCAGACACAUGCCAUGAACUGCUGGGUCAUGUUCCUCUGCUGGCUGAGCCCAGCUUUGCCCAGUUCUCUCAAGAAAUUGGUUUAGCAUCACUGGGAGCGUCAGAUGAUGCUGUACAGAAACUGGCCACAUGUUAUUUCUUCACAGUGGAGUUUGGUCUGUGUAAGCAGGAUGGCAGGCUGAGGGCCUAUGGAGCUGGACUCCUCUCCUCCAUCAGUGAACUCAAGCAUGCUUUGUCUGGCAAGGCCCACAUCCUUCCAUUUGACCCCGUGGUGACCUGUAAUCAGGAGUGCUUAAUAACUACGUUCCAAGAUGUUUACUUUGUCUCCGACAGUUUUGAGGAAGCCAAGAACAAAAUGAGGGAGUUUGCUAAGACCAUUUGGCGUCCAUUCACAGUCCACUACGACCCCUACACCCAGAGUGUGGAUGUCCUGAAGGACACCAGCAGCAUCAACAGCAUGGUGAAAGACAUCCGGCAUGAGCUGGACAUUGUAGAAGAUGCCCUGAAUCGACUCAACAAACACCUGAGAGUCUGAGAGGUGGUUGUUAUGAGAGGAGGUUAGCUUGAGUUGAUAAGGUUUGGCAGGGGAUCAGUGGGUUGGAUGGCCUGAGUAUAAAUGGCUGUGAAUGUGUGAGGUUGGAUGGGGAUCGGGUUGGAUUGGUGAGAAUAGGUUUCAAGCAAACUAGGAUACUGACUUGAAUCCAAGAUGGUGGUAAGGCUAAGCUUUAGUGAAUAGAUACACUUAAUCAUACAGUUCUUACUGUAUAUGCCUUUCCCACUUGCUGGCCUGGCUUGACGUGGUUUGACAUGGCACUUUGGCCAACCAGGGCAGGGAUUCGCAUCUCUAUACAACAGGGCUACCCACUUGAAGGUGUGUCUUUACCUGAUGACGUGUUGUGCUUGUAAACUAACAGGUUUCUCAGUGCGCCCUCCUGAUGUUAUUGUGGUCGACAAUUUUCUUUCACUGUAUCAGAGUUUUUGUCUCAAAGAAUUGACUUCAAAACAUUGUUACUUGUCUAUAAAUCACUUCAUGGUGUAGGGCCUAUUUGUUUCUACACUAUGAACUCUCUAGACACCUAAGGUCAUCAGGAACCAGUCUGCUAAGUGUUCCUUGAAUUAAAACAAAACAAAGAUUCAUUCACUUAUAAUGCUGCACAUAGCUGAAAUAAACUUGCGGAUGAUCUUAGCUGUGCCCCAGCUCUGGAUACUUUUAAAAACAGGCCAUAGACUUUUUUGUUUUGCUUUUAGUCGCUGCUAAUAAUUGCACUCAUGCAUUUUAUACUGCUUAAUGUUUUUUUUAUUUUCUAUACUCUGUUCUUUUAUCCACUUUUAUGUAAAGCACUCUGAAUUGCCUCUGGGUAUGAAAUGUGCUGUAUAAGUAAACUUGCCUUGUCUAACCAAAAGCAGAUUUAGAGCUGCGAUGAUCCCAGCCGCUGCUGCUGGCAUUAAAGGUGUUCAUCACAACAAUAUGAACUUGGCAGCAUUGUUGUAGUCUAUAUGUCGUGGCAGUGACCGCUAUGUCUGUGUCAUGCUUCAGGAUCUUACUGACUUUUUUUGUCUGACACAUGGCCAGAGACUAGUUUAUGUUGGGCUGCAGUAAAAGCUUAGAAAUGUGAGAGUGCAUAAUCAUGUGAUUCAUUUCUCUUGUCAUAUAUAUGACCAUUACAAUGUAAGAAAUGUGGAGUAAUAAUGUCUUGUAAUAAUGGGAAAAUAAUGUAAUCUAUGUUAGUUUAUGUGGUAGAUUUUAAAUUAAUGUGUAAUAGUGUAAUAGAGUAAAAAAAAAAAAAACUUUUUUAAAACCCAUUCAGAACCCAAUUAUGUUUCAAACACACACACAAAAAAAUGAAAUGAUGGUGGAUUUCUGCUUCUGUGAAUGCAAAAAAAUGUUUGAUUACGAUACUUAAUUAUGUGGGUUUUUUCGCAUCUAUUCUAAUGGAGAAAGAAUCAACACAGAAAACACCCAACAGGAAACAGACAAUAACAGGACAUUAAAUGGUCUAAACAGACCUUUUUUCAACAAAAAACAAAAUAAUUUUUUAUUUUUCAUGAAUGGUUAACUCAAUGAAUAAAAUGAUACUUUAAAACACACUGCAUAUAUAUAUAUGUUGCAUUGUAUUUGUCAUAUCAACUCAAAAUAUCCUUAAUUUCUGAAGUACCUCCAGAAAACAGUAUGUUGAAAACCCCCUGAGAUUAAUAUUCUGUGGACAUAAUCAAUAAAAUGCAUUAUAAGCUGAUUAUAUCAUUAGAAAAUCAAAUCAGAACAGUAUUUCUCUAUAUAAACAGUAUUUCUUCUGUUCAUUUUCUGGUAAUAUUCAGAUCCCUCGUCCAUUCCAGUGGAUGAAUAUCUUUGAAAGAAAUCCUGAGAAAUCCUGUUAAUCUUUCAUAUGAUAUUUUGACAUGUUUCAGUAAUAUAACAUUUCAUGUUUACUUUAAACACAGUUAAAUGCAAAUUCUGUACUUUAAUAAUAUGAUUUUUAGACUGAAACUUGUGCUUCUACCUUGCCUCAUGGUCGGCAACGAUUGUUAAAAAAGAGGGUGUGGCUCUUCUGCAGUCCACUUUAGAUGAUGUGGAGCACUGUUGUAGAAAUCCCAUCAAAUAAGUUUGUGCAUUUAGUUGGAGUCAGAGGACAGUAAUUAUAGAUCUAGACAUGCUAUAAAAAUCCUAUAAAUGGAUGCAGGAUCUGACAAGGUUAAAUAAAAAAAUCACAUCAAAAUUCUAACCUUGUUUUCACAGCGUAAAUGCUACCAGCUCACACUGUAAAGAUGGAUCCUGGUAUUUUCUGGUGACUGCUUCUUAUUUGUUUGUUCCCUUCCUCUGUUGAUAGAGCACUAUGAGGUUAUAUUGACAC